UCUAAAGAUCAUUUUCGAUAUGUGGGGCUUGACGAACUGCAAUUACCGAUGAGGAGAGAAAGCUUUCCUUAAAAAAAAAAAAUCCAUCGGAGGAAGGCCCUUCUGCUCGGAGCCCUGCAACUGUUUGCGGGAAGCUCGCCCGACAACCAUGUUCGUCGCCAUCAAAUUCCAGCGAGGACCAUAUCUCGUCGUCCACAUCCUCUUCUGGUUCCUGGAGAGGCAACAACAAUUCUCCGGCAUCCGAUUCUCCAACCUCUCAAACAAGAAUGAGAAGCUGAAGAAGGAGAAUUAGUUGCUCAACUCAUGGCUUGUGCAGACUAAGAAGCAAUGCGAGGAGCUCCUCGUUUCCUCUCUGGAUACAUCAGCGUCUUUCGCUAACACAUCAACAGAUAGUGCAGGGCAUGGCUUCAGUCAGGUUCAGCCCUUCGCCGGAUAUGCCUGUCCAAUGAGAAUGGAGGAUGAGAAGGAACGGCGGGAAGGAAGGGCGUGGGAUUUUUCGUUUAAAAGAAACAUCACAUUUUAUUAGAGUGGGCAAAUUUGACAUUUGAAUGAAAUAUUUUAAAAUUUUUUGAGUAACUCAUUAAAGUGAAUUAACGUAACGUGGGAAUUAUUUGGAAACCCAUAUCCAUGUGUCUUAUCCACAACCAUUCACGUCUCAUCCAUUUUCAUACGACGGAACGUCGAGAGAAGCGCGCCCAAACAACCAGGAGGGGGAGGAGGAGGCCCUCCCUGCUUCAGCCCCUCAGGCGCUGAGGUCACUACUUCCAGAAAAGAAAUGGCUCUCCAUGUGGGUGCCUCCGGGAGACUCACCUCCCCUCUACUUAGCCCCCUGCCGACUCCAACCACCAGCAAUGGCGUUCCUCCAAGGACUCACACCAAUCUUCUCGGUCGCACGACCACCAACUUCUCUUUCUUUCCCUCCAAGAGAUGGUUCAACGUUAGAGCCUCAACGAAGGAAGAAACCUGGGGUUCUGAGCCCAGCAAGAAGAGCGAUGCUAGUUUGCUGGACCACGAGCUUCUGAGUCUGGUGUCCGGCGCCAUAGAUGCCGAUCAGGCGUUGCGCCUCAUCGGGGAGGAGAGGCGACCCGAGAGUGGUGGUGGUACGUUGAGUGUUUCUGACUGCUGCGCCGUUCUGUCUGCUGCCAUCGAUCACAACAACGCGGACCUCGCCAUUUCCAUCUUUUCCGCAAUGCGGCGAAGCGUUGAUCCUGCUGUCCUUCAGUCAAGAGAAAUGCGUGAGAUGGGCUCCUCGGUUCGGAUUUGGAGGUGGCCUCGGCCUGAUGUAAGGACUUAUGCAUGUAUGAUCCUAGGCCUUGCAGCAUGUAUGCGUGUAUCUGAUGCAAUACAGAUAAUUUCAGAUCUCUCCCGUGUUGGAGUUUUAUCAGGGGAGGAGGUGCCUUUUGGGAAGGUUGUCAGAUGCCCAAGUUGCAUGAUAGCCAUUGCUGUUGCGCAACCUCAACAUGGUACACAAGUAGCUGCUUGCUCAAAAUGCCGCUAUCAAUAUGAGCUAUUUUCUGGUGAUAUCGUCAGCAUUAGCUCUGAAGCUAUCAGCACUGACAUUCCAGCAUGGGAGAAAGGAAUGAGGCUCUUGCAGAUACUCAAAAGUACCAUUCCUGCUGCUGUGCACUCAAUUGUGGUUUGUGCACCUGGUGGUAUAGCGCGUACACAAAAAUUUGCCACAAAAACAGCAGAGCUUCCAGCUCAAGAAGGGGAGAGAGUAACUGUUGCUCUAUCAGCACCAUCAUAUUCUAGUCGAGGAAUAGGUCCUUUCCGGCUAAUUCCAGGCAUUCCUGGGUAUAAUCCUGGAGAACCUUUAAGUUUAUUCAACCAUAAAACUGGCGUGGAGUCACAGUUACUAAGAGCACCUGAAAAAAGCAGAGUUUCAUCCUUGGUUGACCCUCCUGUUCUUUUUCCACUACUUGCUUUGCUGGCUACAGGAGAUGCUGCAUCGGGCAUCAUUGAUCCUGCAUUGCCUAAAAUUAUUGCAGUGGCUGCUGCUGGUUCAUUUCUUUUAGGCACUACUGUGAACAUGGUGGUUUUGCCACAGUUAAGAAAGCUUCCUCAGAGGACAGUUGAUGCAGUUGCUAUUAAGCAACAACUCUUCUCUCAGUAUGAUACACUACAGGCUCGCAUUAAUGAGCUUACUCAGGCUGCAGAAAAAGAGGUGUGGAUGUUAGCUCGCAUGUGUCAAUUGGAAAACAAAAUUAUAGCAGUAGGGGAGACUUCUUACCGUGCACGGCGAAGUAGAGUGAAGAAGGUUCGGGAAAGCUUGGAGAAUUCCCUCAGAGCAAGAAUCGAACUGAUUGAUAGCUAUGCUAGAAUUUCAUCCAUGAUUGAAAUUGAAGUGGAAAUGGAUUCUGAUGUUCUGGCUGCUGAGGCAGCGAAUAAUGCUGAAUCCAUUGCAGAACAAAUAGAGCGGAUUAUGGAGCUUGAGAAUCUUGAACAGCGUUGGAAGGAACAGGCUGAGGCAAAUGAUGAACUAGAGAGGCUUCUCAACUCUCAACCAUUGUCAACAGAACUGGUGUAGAUGGUACCUGAUGAUGAGGAUGAUGCGAGCUUCAGGAACCUGGUAAUACAUUUUCAGUUCCGAAGGAGUCUUCUGCAGAUGAAGGUAAUAAGAUUCUUUGAUUCAAGAUGAAGGCUUGCGAGACCUCUUGGGGGAAAGGUAUCUUUCAAAAAUUCCACACAGAACCCCUUGUACAUAGAAGAUCAUCGAAUGGUUUUGUUUUGUAUUUGGCACCUCAUUUUUUCUGGUCUCCUUUUCCAAAGGAAGGUAGCUAAUUAAAGCUUUUAGACGCACGUAGCUUUCAAAAUUAUGUGAGCUAACGGAGGCUGGAAUUAUGUUCGGGUGCGUUUUAUGUACCUAUGAUGAGCGAAUAAUUGCUAUAUGUGGCAGUAUUUCAAGGGGAACAGUCUGUACUCUGCUAUGAAUUGAACAUGGAUUUAGGGUGAGUCUGCUAGUCACUGUUUGAUUCUCUGUAUCUAUUGAUUGUUCUAGUCAAAUGAACCUUCCUGUUCAUUUCAAGAGAAGGAAAUAUUUGGAUA